CUGUACAUCUUGAUCUGCAGAUAGGAGAAGGAGACCUCAAAGCCUGUCCUCACAAUGACACACUUCCUCCAACAAGGCCACACCUAGAUAAGAACCCAGUUUAUCACUUGCCUUCCAGUCAAAUCCUAUCACCAGGCUUUCUCUUGUUUUAACUAAAAGCAUGCUCAUCUGUGGGAAGGUCAUUCUUCCUUGGCCUGAAGAAAUGCUGCUCUAUCCACAUGACCUGGCACACCUGCUUGUCUCUGGGCAUGUUAUUUGGAAGACUAUUCUGAGUGGAUUUCAUAUAAUUUUUCAAACUUGGUGUUAAAGAUAACACAACAUUUAUCUUCUCAUCAUACCUUUCUCAAUCCCCCCCCCAUUGAAAAGAAUAGCAAAUAUACAUUGCCCAAGUAGUCAGUGUGAAAGAGCAGUUUUGUUGUUGUUGUUGUUUGAUAAGAUCAUCUUGCAGCCCAUAUUGGCCUUGAACUCAUAAUUCUUGUGCUUGAGCCUCCUGGCAUUAUAGGCAUAGCCCACUACAACUGCUUAAGAAAGACAAACUUUAUUUUUAAAAGUUUGCAUUGGCUAGAAUCCAAAAAAGCAUUGUGAAUACAAAGAUGAUUCCUAUGGGAGACAUUUCUAAUUAAUUAUCAUUGCUCUUAAGAUUUUGGAAUUCUGUUUAUUCCAGAUCAUUUUCAUUUUUCUGGUGAUAUUAGGAUAUGUUUAUCUCUUUUCUCUGUGAAUACACUUCCAGUUACUUCUUUCACAAUUGCUAUUAACCUUGAAGCUAGAGAUUUAUUUAUAUUGUAUGUUAAUGUAUAUACGGUGUGUGGGGGAGAAUUCUCAACUUGGUUCUUUCUUACCGAAUUGGUUUCUAACACAACAAAAGAGGCACAUGCACUUGACCUAGCAUGUGGUUUUUCUCUUGCCAAAAGCUGCGUUCUCUUUGGUUAAUUACAAAUUACACAUUGAAGAUUUUGAGAUUUAUGAAAGAGGACCUGUGAGGUUAGUCUAUCCUCAAAACCUUAUUCCCUAUCUCCUAUUCCAUUGUAUCCAUUCCUUUGCCUGGCUUGGAUCUAAAUUUUAGGAUCUUCAAGAUCUUCUAACUCAACACUCUCAUUUUGUAGGAAGAAGCCGAGUCAUGGGGCCAAUAGCAGGAAUAAUAGCAGGCAUUAAGGAAGCAUUUGCAAAAUGCUGCUCACUGUACACAGUGGUUGAUGAGGAUGACCUCCUUUAGUCCUAACUGCAUUAGGCAGGCAUUCACAUUAACCUGCCUUUAUGGAGAAGUCAUUUAAAUACCACUUAUUUAGGGUUACAUGGUUCACAGGCAGAGGAGCUUUGACUCUACUGCAAGGUGACAAGUUUACCAGAUGUUUUCUUCGAGCUACUGAAUUGCUGCGUAGAUGUUAGGUCCUUAGAGUGGUGUGAGUUUACUGUAUAUCUUUAUUUCAAAUUGAACUUAGAAAGUGUGGUGGUUUGAAUAGGAAUGGCCCCCAUAAACUCUUGUGUUUGAAUGCUUGGCCCAUUGAAAGUGGCACUAUUAGGAGGUUUUGGCCUUGUUGGAGGGGGUGUGGCCUUGUUGGAGGAAGUGUGUCACUUUGGAGGCGGGCUUUGAGGUCUUAUAGGCCCAAGCUAGGCCUAGUGUUGCAGUCACUUUUGCUGCCUACAGAUCAAGAUGUGGAACUCUAAGCUCCUUCUUCAGGACCAUAUCUACCCACAUGCCACAUGACAAUAAUUGACUAAACCUCUGAAACUCUAAGCCAACCCCUAUUAAAUGCUUUUCUUUAUAAGAGUUGCCGUGGUCAUGGUGUCUCUUCACAGCAAAUGGAAACCCUAACUAAGAUGGAAAGCAAGUUCACAUCCUCCAGCUGAGGAUACUUUAGCCUUCUUUUUUGUCUUUUUUGAGAAUCCUGAUGCAUGCCCUCUUAUACCAACAGAUCACAGCAAACCAGGAACCCAGCACAACACACUGAUGACUUGUUUACUAUCUGUCAGUGUAGAGAGACUGAAGAAGACACUACAGUCCAGAAAGAAGGGAUGGCUCUUCCAAAACAGCAAUUAGCUCAGUCCCAGGAGAAAGUUGGUCAGCUCGUUAAGGAAAAAAUGAAUACCAAAGCAAACAAGGAGCUGAUUCGGUGUUUCAUCCUUUCUCGGAUUAUUUUUGGGGAAGAACAUUGGAAAUGUGCACAGGCUUUAGCCAACCUGGCUUACGGUUACCUGACACUGAGAGGCCUCCCAGCUCAGGCUAAGAAACAUGCUGUGUCGGCCAGGAACACACUGCUGACCUGGAAGCAAAACACAACCUCAGACAAGGAGAAAAAGGAAAUCCUGGGAGCUCUGGUCAUGCUCUACUAUACUCUGGGAAUAGCUUGGCUCCUCCAAAAACGUGGCAAACAGGCCUAUGUCCACCUGCAGAAAGCGGAUAGAAACAUGAAGGAAUUGAAAGACUUAAACAAUGGAGGUGCUGGGGGAAGCCAAGUCUCAGAGAAAGACCUAACCGUUGCUUUGGGCAGAGCCUCCUUGGCCAUGCACAGGAUGAACCUAGCUCUGGCAUACUUUGAAAAGGCGAUUGGCAACAUCAUCAUGGCCAAGGGUCAUGGCACAUCCGAACUGAUUAGUCUGUAUGAAGAAAUCGCUCAGAUUGAGCAGCUGAGGAAGAACCAUGUGCAGGCCAUCCAGUAUUUGCAUCAGGCCUAUUCUAUCUGUGUUUCUUCAUUUUCUGAAGUCAGCCCCCAAACUGCUGAGGCGAGUGCUUUACUAGCUAAAGCUUAUGCCAUGUCUGGAGAAUCCCAGCACAGGGAUGCUGUUGAGAUUUAUUUCAUAAGAAGUAUUAGUACAUAUCAAACAUUGGGCUCUAAAGAUUAUGAAACUCUCACCGCCAUUGAAGACUUUUGUACAUGGCUCAUCCAAAAUGGCGAAAAACAGGUGGCUUACAAACUGAUAAAGUAUACACUGAACUCUCGCACCUAUGGUAACUGUGGUAAGAAAGUAGCUGAAACCUUUUAUAACAUGGGCAGCAUCUGUUUUGCCAAAGGAGAGCUCAGAAAUGCGAUUCAGCUGCUAAGGAAGUGUCUGAUGGUUCAAAUUCUUAUCUAUGGAAGUAAGCAUAUUAAGAGCAGAGAGACUAAAAACCUCCUUACCCUAUUGCAGAGGUAAGUUCUGCAUCUGGAUACAAACCAUGUCGUCAUUAUGGGCAUAUGAACCAGCCUGCCUCUGAUGCAGUCAGGUAUUGGUGACUAUCUAGUAAGGCAA